UUUGAGUAGAUGUUCAAUUAAUCAACGCUAGUAUUACAUAAACAAAGUAAUUAAUAAUUCAGAUGCUAAAUCAUAUGAUGGGAACUGAAGUUUCUAUAAGCAUAAAAAAAAUUUGGUCACAUUUAGUUGAAAAAUAACCUGUUAAGCUAAAAGCCAUUCAUUAAUAAUGUAAACUUAUUAAUUAGUCAGAAGGGAACGUUCAGGAAAACCAAUAAAUUCAACAUCCCAUGGUCUGCAAUAUUUCUCCUAGUACAAACAAAAGAAAUGGACCAAACAAAACUUGUACUUCAUUUCUUAUCAGGAACUUUUUUAUUUCUUUGCCUUUCAGAUCUUCUACUCCAGGCUGCGACUGCCGAGGAUCAAGUCACCUACUUAGAUAGCUAUUGUGGAGGGGAUCAACAAUAUGAUCAGGAAAGUGAAUACGCAAAUAAUGUUGAUCUACUAUUAUCUAACCUCACCUCCAGAGCUAGCACAAACAAGUUCUACAACGUCACUAGUGGAGAAGCACCAAACCAAGUCUAUGGCCUUUUCCUUUGUAGCAGUUACACCACCGAUCAGGUCUGCCAAGAUUGCAUCACACUUGCACAGGAUGAGAUUCGACAACAAUGUCCAUCUAGCGUAGCAUCUAUUGUGUGGUAUAUAGAAUGCAUGUUACGCUAUGCAAACCACUCCAUAUUCGCAAUCAAUAAUGAAUCUGUACAUCGAUAUAUGGAGAGUGGACAAGCAAAGUAUAGUCAGUAUAAUCAAGACUUGACAGACACAUUUAUCAGCCUCUUCAGCACGGCUACUACUGGGAACUCAUCGUUAGCAUCAAGCACAACAGUUUAUCUAACUAAAGACCUGACAAUGACUUGUUUUGUACAAUGUACUCCUGAUUUGAGCCCCUCAGAUUGCAGUAAUUGCUUAAAUAGUGCACUAAGUAAGCUUACAACACCUGGUACCCAAUCAGGAGGACUCUUGCAACCAAGUUGCAGAUUGAUGUAUGCUUUCAAUGAUGCUGGAUCUCUUUCACCAGGCAAGGGGAUAUACAUAGCCUUGGCUGUUACUUCAGUAGUAGCAGCAGCAUCUUUGUUCUUACACUUUUUCGUCUUUCUGAAGAGAAAAAAUUCCACCAGAAAGCCCAUUGGGAUUGAGGAAAUUAAAAGCAUGGAAAACCUGCAUUUUGAACUGGAUACUAUUAAAGCAGCCACUGAUGGCUUUUCACCAGCCAACAAGCUUGGGCAAGGUGGAUUUGGAAUUGUUUACAUGGGAACACUUGCUGACCAACAAGCAGUGGCUGUUAAGAGGCUGUCAAAUGCUUCAGGACAAGGAAUCAAGGAAUUUAAGACUGAAGCAUGUUUAGCUGCCAAAAUUCAGCACAAAAAUCUUGUCAAAGUUUUCGGAUUUUGUUUGGAAAGGGAUGAGAUGCUACUAGUCUAUGAGUUUGUGCCUAAUAAGAGCCUUGACCGAUAUUUAUUUGAUAAAAAAAAAGGCGCAAAUUUGAAGUGGGAGACACGUUACAACAUCAUAGUUGGAAUUGCACGAGGCCUCUUAUAUCUCCAUGAAGAUUCUCGGCCCAAAAUUAUCCAUCGUGAUCUUAAACCAAGCAACAUAUUGUUAGAUGGAGAGAUGAACCCAAAAAUAGCAGAUUUUGGCAUGGCAAAGCUUUUUGGAGGGGACCAAAGUCAGGGGAAUACCAGUAGGGUGGUAGGGACAUUUGGAUACAUGGCUCCUGAAUAUGCAAUAACAGGACAAUUUUCGGGCAAGUCUGACAUUUUUAGUUAUGGUGUCAUACUUUUGGAGAUUUUGAGUGGUCAGCGGAAUAACUUGUUUGAUCCAGAUACGGAGGCAGAUAGCCUUCUAGAUUAUGCUUGGAGGCUUUGGGAUGAAGGAAAUUCUCUGAAGUUGCUAGAUUCAGCACUAGGGAAUGUUUCUGCAAAGGCUGAGGCAGAAAGAUGUAUACAGGUUGGGUUAUUGUGCGUUCAAGAAGAGACAGAUAAAAGGCCUAGCAUUGCAUCAGUAUUACUCAUGCUUAACACUCAACCUGUCACAAUUCCAUCACCUGUACGCCCUCCUGCUUUCCCUUAUUGUCUAGGAAAGAAAGCAGCUCCACGUGAAAGUUAUAGCAUUCAAGCAGAAUGUGAAAUCACUGAGUUGAAUCCCCGGUGAUAAGUAAAAGCAGAUGCAAGCUGGUUGGCAUACAAAAUCUUGUGAAUAGUAUCAAUUGAUAUAAGAGC